AUGUCGCGGCUCAUAGAGACCAUCCUAAUUUUAUUUAUUCUUGCUUCUCUAAGCUCCUGUGAGUGUACAGAUGGAGAAAAAAAGUUUCCAGAUGGCAAAACAUGGACAAGAAACGAUAACUUUCAAGUUGUUUGUGAGAAUGGGAAAAUAAAGAUCCUUAAUUGCCUUACAGACCUCGGACAUGUUCUUGAGGUCGGCACGAAGAGUUACAUUGAAAAUGGAGUUGAGUACAGUUGCUUAGAUACUGAUGCAGAAGUGGAAGGUUCCGGAGAGGUGGCUCCCGUUAAUGUCGGUGUGUGCAGCGACUUUUCAGACUUCUCGGAUGAUAUUUAUGUUGGAGAUCUAGUAAUUUGUUGUAUAUCGAGAAGAUUCAAGGGAUGUCGUACCAAAGGUGGUGAUGUAAUUAAAUCAGGUCAUUUCGUAGUAGGAAAUAACAUGCUGAAGUUCUGCAAUAUUCAACAACAAGGAUGGAAAGCUAGAGUUGAACCAAAAGGUUGUUUUAAUGGGACUGUUAAUGAUAGUGUAGAAGACAGCCGAUUUCAUGUUAAGAAGUACACUGUAUGGAGAAAAGGCGAUGUUGAUAUGCGCUGUGGUGAUGAUGGCAUUUCGGUUUAUAGAUGCUAUGAGGAUGAUAAAUUUGUCUACACAGGAACAGCAUGGAUAGCUAAAGAUGGAAUAGUUCAUGAAUGCAAGUGA